AGAGAACUAAAGGAUAGCGAUACGGGGAAUUGUGGACUAAAGCCAAAAGUUUUGUCCGAAACCGGAGCUCCGGCGCCAGAGGAGCUUAAGACUUCACCUGAAGAUCAGAAGAUCGACGCUGCGAAAUCUCUUAUCAAUUUGUUCCUUCAAGACAAGGUAGAUAAGACUACAAAAGAUGACGAGAAGACAGCACCAGAGAAGCUGCCAGUAACUGAAGAUCUGAAAACAGCUUUGACUGAGGCAAAAUCUCCGGCUGAUGAUCAGAAGAUUAGGAAAGAAGAUGCCGUUCGUGUCCAGAAAGUGAUCGACGAUCUGACUGUUAUGGAAACAGAAACAGAUGCUAAGCCAGAGGAAGUCAGAAGAGAAGCAGCAGCUUAAUUAUGAAAGAAGCUAAAAACUUUAUUCUGCGGUUGCGUUCUUGAUCGCAAUACGCUUGUUCAAGAUUUUUUUGGUUUUGUUUAUGUUUGUUCACGAUUCCAAAAUGCAAACGCUAGUUCAUGCUUGAUGGUAAACAUUUUUGUUUUGGACUUUUUGUAGACUAAAACGCGAACGCUGGAUUUAUCAUAUGAGUUGACAGUUGCGCGCCCUA